GAUGCCAUUGUCAAACAAAGUGAACCGUGAAGAAGAUGAAAAUAUUUCUGAGCAAGAUGCAGGCUCUGCAGCUCUUCCACUUCCACCCGUGCAACCAAAAGGUGAAAAGUACUGUCUUCUGAAUUUUAAGGGCGAGAGGACACUGAUCUAUGAGAAGCCACCUCCCUCCCCAGAUGCAAUGGGUAGAAUCCAUCUGAGAUGUACAGAAAUCACCAAAGAAAAGCUUGAGGAGUUAAAAGAAGAAAAUUUACACCUAAGCAAUGCAAAUCAAGCUCUUAUGCGUGAACUAAGUUUAGUAAGACGAGAAAUGAAAAAAUUACAGUUAAAACUUAAAAGAAUGGGACAAGACAGUGGGACGCCAGAAGAGACUAAGGAAACAUCCUCUCAGGAAGGAGUUACUGUACCUGAAUUACUUUAUCUCAGGAAACAAGCCCAAGAGCUAGUGGAUGAAAAUGAUGGCUUGAAAAUGACCGUCCAUCGUUUGAACAUAGAACUGAGUCGAUAUCAAACAAAAUUCAGGCAUUUGUCCGAGGAAGAGAGUUUCCAUAUUGAAGGCCUCCCAUCAAAGGGCCCUGUACCACCUUGGUUGUUGGAUGUGAAGUACCUUUCCCCAUUGCUGCUGGCUUAUGAAGACAGAAUGAAAGAGAAGGACGAACUCAGUGCCGCCCUUGAGGAAGAAAUGAGAAUGUUCAGGAUGCGAGUUCAAGAAGUGGUGAAAGAAAACGAAGAGCUGCACCAGGAGCUAAAUAAGAGUGGUCCCGUGACCAGGGAGGAAUGGCAUCAGCUUCAGACUCAAGCAAAACUGGUUUUGGAGGAAAACAAGCUAUUGCUAGAGCAGCUGGAGAUUCAGCAAAGGAAGGCCCAGGACACCCGGCAGGAGCAUCUCCAAGAGGUUUCUCAGCUGACUAAACGGCUCAUGCUCCUGGAGUCACAGACAGAGGCGCAGGAAAAGGAGCUGAAGGAAAGCAAGGAGCAGUUGGAGGGUCUUCGUGCCAAAUGCCAAGAACUCCAAGCGGGCCUGGAUGGCAGGAUUUCUGUGGAAGUUCACACAUCCAUUGUAAAUGAAUUGAAAGGCCGGCUGCAGAAAGAGGAGGAGAAAGACAAUGCAGAGAUGGAGGAGCUGAUGGAGCGGCUGGCGCUCCUGCAGGCGCAGAGGAAGAGCCUGCUCCUGGAGAGCAGCGGCCUGGCCACGCGGAACAAAGCCCUGGAGGGCGAGCUUGCGAGGACACAGAAGAUAAACAGGAGGUAUCAAAAGAAAAUUGAUGUCCUCAAAAAGCACGUUGAAAAAGCCAUGGGGAAGGAGUGGUCUGCUCACCAGUACCUGGCAAGCCUCGUUGGCCUGGCAGAGAGUGUGACCCAGGAGCGAGACAGUCUGAGGUAUUUGGCUAAGAGUUUAGAAAAUGAGAAAAAUGGAGCACUCAACAAGAUCCUGAAAGGCAACAUUCGCUUGGGAAAGUUAGAGGAGAAGAUCAAGGGAUACAAGAAGCAGACCGCGCUGAAGCUGGGCACUAUCGGUUUCCAUCUGCUGGAGCAGCAGGAGGACUUCGAGGGCAGGACCGCGCGCUACCAGCAGGAGAUGAGGCACCUGUACCGCAGGCUGCAGGACAAGCAGGAGGUGCUGGACGAGGCCCUGCAGCAGCGGAGAGAAAUGGAAGGCGAGCUCGAGGUUGUUUGGCUGUCUACCUCCAAGGAAAACCAAAGGAUCAGAGCGCUGCUGCAGGCCACACAGCGGAGAGCAGGCACUCAGGAGGACACCAGGCAAGCAGAGGACCCUGGCCUCCAAGGCGCCUCCCAGGGAGACCUGCGGGAUGGCUGCAGCUUCAGCUGCUGUGACCCGCCAUCCCCUGCCACUGCCCACCAGAGCCUGCAGGAGCCUGCGGCUUAGACCUGUGGGCCUGCAGGUCUGGGGUGGGCGGCCCUUGCCCCAGGAGAAGGGGCAGCAUUAAGGGCAGCUUCAGAACCCCACCCAGCACUACAACACCAGAAAGAAAUAAACCACCCCAGAGGCUUAAUUGCGUCUUUACAUUUUGCCUUUAUUUUUUAAAUUGUACUUUAAAUUUUUGCAUUAUUGUAUGAGGACUGAACCCAGGGCUUUUGCACUGAGAGCCAUGUCCCCAACCCACUUUCAUUAUGUUUUUAUUGUCUCACUAAGUUGC